GCGUGGGAGAACUUCAGUGCCCUAACAACCCUGCUGACCAGGUUUGAGCCUGGCCUGGACGUGGAGCAAGCAGAGUCUAACUUCGGCUGGAACAAUCUAGAACCCUACCUCUACUUCCUGAUAUCGGUGUUCUUCAUCGUCUUCUCCUUCCCCGUCGCUGAUAAAGGGUGGAUCCCCUGCUCAGAGCUGUCCACGAUAGCCAUCUUGUUCACGGUGGUCAGCUACAAGAGCCUGAGUCCCUCCGGCGCCACCUACGCCAAACGGGCGCUUAUCACUGAGGUGGCAACGUCUUUGUGUUCACUGACCAGUCUCCUGCCCCAGAGUGCUGUUCUGCUGAGGAUGCUGAGCCACACCUUCACUACCCUGCCACUAGGGGACUCAGUGGUGAUGAAGAUCAGUCUGCCCUGCCUGCUAGACCUCUACCUCUACUACCUGUUCUUUAGUAUGGCUAGGCAGCGUGGUUUCCGUGGGACCUACUGUUUCCUGGUCCCCUACUUGGUCUGCUUCCUGUGGUGUGAGUUCUCUGUGGUGCUGCUCCAAAACUCUUCUCCCGUGGGGCUCAUCCGGACCUGCGUUGGCUACUUCCUGUUCCUGUUUGCCUUGCCCGUGCUGGCCGUGGGGCUGGCCGCCAUGGUCCUCAUCCAGCUGGUCAAAUGGUUCCUGGAGCUGGAGCUCACCAAGAUGAUUGUGACGCUGGCUGUGUGUGCGGUGCCGGUGACACUGAGGCUGUGGACGCGCUUCAGCCUGUCUCUCAUGGACGUGUUCCACUCCAUGUCUCAACGCGGCGCCGUCAAGCUCAUCCUGUGCUGCGUCACCAUGGUGAUGCUGUUCUUCUGGAUGUACGUGUACCACUCUGAGGGACUGCAGGGGUAUAACUCUACGUUGACCUGGAGACAGUACGGGCAGCUGUGUGGUCCUCCUGCCUGGAAGGUGAAAGGUGUGGCUCAGACACAGAUCUUCUGUACACACCUGGACGGACACCAGGUGACGUGGACCGGGAGGUUCAGGCAGGUGCGCGUAGCGGAAACUGAGAACGGAGCCCAGUCCGUCAUCAACCUGCUUCCGGUGUUCAUGGGAGAUUGGUUACGCUGUCUUUACGGAGAGACCUAUCCUAAAUGUGACCCGCUGCGGAACAACUCCACCAACGCCUCCACAUCCUCAACGGCAGACUCCAACACCCCCGACGCCACGGCAACCGUCGCUAAUGCUAACCUCACCGCCGCCGACUACGCCAACGCCACGGUGCUUGGCGUUGCCGUGCCGACGGCCGUCCUCCUCCGGCAGCAGGAAGAGGAGGAGCUGUGUGUGAUUAAGGCUUUGGCCAAACACACGUGUCACGUGAAGCGAUACGACAGCUAUGUGUUGGAGGUGGGCGUGGGGAUGCCCGAGGAAGACGGGAUUCCAGAGGACCGGGCCAGAGACAUCAAACUGGUGGCCAGUCACGAGUUCAGACAGGUGUUGCUGCGCCUGCAGCCCGGCAGCCUGGUGGAGUUCAGCACUACGUUGGAGGGUCGUCUGGGGGGCCAGGUCCCGUCCUUCGAGCUGAAGGCCAUCUACUGUCUGGACUGUGACUCCUCCCUUCUGACCGCUGCCAGACAGGUGAAGAUGGAGAGAGACUGGAGACGGACCACCCUCAACUCCGUCAAGUUCGCCUUCGACUUCUUCUUCUCUCCCUUCCUCUCGGCACGUAUCGACGUGUGACAGGACGAGAAAGGAGAGAGAUGUUGUGACAGGACGAGAAAGGAGAGAGAUGUUGUGACAGGACGAGAAAGGAGAGAGAUGUUGUGACAGGACGAGAAAGGAGAGAGAUGUUGUGACAGGACGAGAAAGGAGAGAGAUGUUGUGACAGGACGAGAAAGGAGAGAGAUGUUGUGACAGGACGAGAAAGGAGAGAGAUGUUGUGACAGGACGAGAAAGGAGAGAGAUGUUGUGACAGGACGAGAAAGGAGAGAGGUGUUGUGACGGGGUGAAAAAUACAAAGAAGCUGGAAUGUUUUAAUGUGUAUAAUAGUUUGUCUUGGACCUUGUCUCUUCCCCCGUUCCUGUCCUUAAGGAUCAACGUGUGACCAACUAGUGGUGGAAGAGACAGUGGCAGCCAUUUUUCAAAAUGGACUCAGGGGGAAAAAUAGGAAAUGGAUAAAUGAAGGAAUUCAAUUCAAUUCAAUUCAAUUCAAUACAACUUCAUUUGUAGAGCAACUUAGUAAUUUAAUGGGAUGGGUUGAUGGACAGAUGGACGGAGGUGUGAAAAGGGGCCUGUCUCUGGUUGGAACACCCGAAGGGACCGGUUGCUACAGUUACACACAGUUGCUGCUGUUCUCUUCUGGAAGCCAUUUUGUAUUUUUAUUUUUUUUUCCCCCCAAGAGGUGGCUCGUUACCACGGCAACAACUUCUACUCGGUCACCGGAUACAUUCACUGCACUGUUCUUGCAACUGGUAAUUUUUUCACGAGGUGGCUCGUUACCACGGCAACGAGCUGCGGUUAAGCGUUUUUUUUUUAACGACGGGAAUGGAUGGUUGGUGUCAGAUUGUAUCUAAUCGGGCAGAAACACCCGGAGGGCUGAAAUCAAACGAGGAAGUGGGUAAAUCUGUAAACUGCAUUAACCUGAAUGUAUUUCCACUGGCGCUGUCGUUUCUCAGUGGGAAACGGUUCACAAAUAGCCAGAGUGGUCUUUUUAAAAUGGGGAUAACUGAAGGAAGACCCCAGGGAAUCAUGGUGAAUGAAGAUUUCAGAGGAACAGCCCUUUCAAAUAUAGUAUUAAGAGUUGUGUAUUUAACUCUUAGGAACACACUGAUGGCUUGUGUAUGUAGAAUAUGUAGAAUAUCUAUGUAUCUAUAUAGUACUACAACUAUGUAUGUAUGUAUGUAUGUAUGUAUGUAUGUAUGUAUGUAUGUACAGUGCCUUGCGAAAGUAUUCGGCCCCCUUGAACUUUGCAACCUUUUGCCACAUUUCAGGCUUCAAACAUAAAGAUAUAAAACUGUAUUUUUUUGUGAAGAAUCAAAAACAAGUGGGACACAAUCAUGAAGUGGAACGACAUUUAUUGGAUAUUUCAAACUUUUUUAACAAAUCAAAAACUGAAAAAUUGGGCGUGCAAAAUUAUUCAGCUGUCCGUUAGCCCCGAGUCUCAGUUUCACUGUCGGUUCCACUCAGUCACAGCUUAGGUUUGUGUUUUGUAGUUUUGGCCCCGUUCACACUCAGGUUCUGCCAACUGAUCUACAACACAUUGGACACAAUGGUUGUGAUCUGAUUUGUUUUUUUGUGAUGCAAUGAAGAGUGUGUUGCAGAUCCAUUGAGCGGUGUCUCCACACGCUUGUGUAGUUUAUUUCUGUGCAGAAAAACUCUGAUACAACUGGCAUCCCAACCGUUGUGCCAAAUGUGUUGUACGUCAGUUGUAUACGGCGCCACUGUCACGACUUCCGCCGAAGUCGGUCUCUCCUAGUUCGGGCGGCGUUCGACAUCACCGGCCUUCUAGCCAUCGCCGAUCCACCUUUUUGAUUUUCCAUUUGUUUUGUCUUGUCUUCCCUCACACCUGGUUUCAAUUCCAUCAAUUACAUGUUGUGUAUUUAACCCUCUGUCCCCCCACCCCAUGUCCUUGUCCGGUAUUGUUGAUUGUAAGAGUUUGUGCACGUUAUGUCUGGUGUGCGAAGGGUUUCGUCCCCGUUGUAUUUAUUUAUUGUUUUUGUUCACUGUGAUUUGUAUAAUUAAACUACUCCGUUGGAAC